AUGGAAUUGCUAAAUAUAAAAAAUGAGGACAAUGUGUCAUUGCGCACAAUGAGAUAUUCGGACAUACAAUUUGACACAAGUGAUAUUUCGUCGAAUGAAGAAUCGUCAUUUUUCUCAGUAGGUGAUUUUCCGAACGAACUACAUAGCAGCUUUGAUGAUAUUUCAGAUUAUAUAUUAGUUGAUGAAGCCGAUUUGAAACGAGAUCGUUCAGAUAACACGAGCAGUGAGAAUAAUGAUAUAAUGACAAUGAAAGGUGCGUGUAUAAAAAGAAAUGGUACUGUAAAAAUUAAAAAGGAAAUGAAAAGUUCAAGUUUUAUGGAGGGAGGAAGCAAAGGAAGUAGUGAGAAUACUAAUAACGAGGAUAACAAAAAGCCAGGUUUGUGUAGGACAUUAGGUACAGAGGGGAGGAAGAGGAUGUUAAAAUUAUUAAGGAAAGCUUAUAAGUAUAAUGAAGAAUGUAAGAUAAUUAUGAAAAAUAAAAAUCCACCUUUGUCUAUUAGUUAUUUACCGUAUUUUAAUUUGUCUAUGUUAUGGCAACUAGCAGAAGAUUUUGGUGUAUAUAAUGAAGCUUUAAAAAUACACAGGGAAUGUAUAAAGAAGAGAAAUACAAAUGUAAGGUUUAAAUCAAAUGGAAAAGGUACUCCUAAUUUCAGUGGUCAGGAUGUAAAAAAAAGUGCAAAGUCUACCAAGUUAGAAUGCUUGUCCGAUUAUGCUUGCACAAAUAUAGAUACACAAACAGGGGAAGAUUAUGAUGUAACGAAUACCACGUUGAAUGAUGAGGCACAUGGAAAAAGGAAAAGAAAAAAGAAUAGCUUCUAA